CAAAACCUCAACCAACAUCAAACCCUAGGAAUAAAUACCGCCCUCCUAUAUAUAAAGCCCCAAACCCCUUUUUUCUGAUACAAACCCUAGAUUAGCCGAACCUGCAGAAGAAACCCGUUUGCUUCUUCCCACUCUCUCGAACCCAAAUUCAACACCAGAGAUGAAGAUUGUUGCCGCUUACUUGUUGGCUGCUUUGGGCGGUAAAGCUUCCCCUGCUGCCGAUGAUGUCAAGAAAAUUCUUGAAUCAGUGGGUGUUGAGCCUGAUGAGGCCAGACUUCAGUUGUUCUUUGACCAGGUUUCUGGUAAAGACAUCACAGAACUAGUUGCUGCUGGAAGAGAAAAGCUUGCCUCUGUCCCUGCUGGUGGAGGUGCAGUUGCCGUGUCCGCUGCUCCUUCAGGUGGUGCAGGUGCUGCUGCCGCAGAGGCUCCAAAGGAGGAGAAGAAGGUUGAAGAGAAAGAAGAGUCAGAUGACGAUAUGGGUUUCAGUCUCUUUGACUAAGUGGGAAGGAGCUGAUGUUUACAGCAAGUCUUUGCAUUUUAAAUAUAGCUCAAGUUUUGUUUGCUAUUUGGAAAUGUUCUAGAUUUAUUUUGAGAUUUUAAGUUUCUUUUUAGCUAAUCAGUGACUGAGGCAUUUGGCAGACAAUUAGUUAUAUUGAAUUAUGUUAAAAUGCAUAAUUGCAUCUUGUUUUAACCUCAAGUCCUUUUUUCAUGAAUCCUUCUUAAUGGAUAAAAUCAGAUUUAUUUACAAGA